GUGAGAUGAAAAGUGUCGGCAUAAAAGGCAGACUUGAGAGAGGGUCUGACAUCAUAUUGGAGGUUGAAUUUGAGGGACGACCAAUGUGCCCUUCUACAAGAGACGAUGAACGCAAAAGAAAAAUCAAUGAAUGCGAGAACUUAGUGAACGGAACGCUGGAUGGAAACGAAGAUAAUGGCGCAGAUAAUAAGAGGCUUAAAACGGCUCAUUCCGGAGAUCCUCAGAACAAAUCGCUUCCAUCAUCUCCCGGUAGUAUAACCAGUUCUGUUCAUGACGGACAAUCUCCGCCGUCCAUUAAAAGCAAAGACUCUUCUAAAUCCCUGGCUCUCUGUGCAAACAGCAGCAGCAGCCUCUCUUUCUCACCUGACGAAACUGGAGUGACGUACCUGAUAAAUGAGGCUCACCGAGAGAGUAUAGUGAAGCGGCGGCUGAAAGAUCUGUGCCGUAUUGAGAAGCCCACAAUCAGUGAGGGGAUAGAGAUGGUUGGUGCGGUGUAUCUUUUGAAGCGCACGAGUUCCUCAUCUGAUGAUUCUAAAUCUGAAACCGCCAUGGAACAGGCCGUCGAGGCAGCAAAGGUGUUGUUUGAUGCCGAAUACAUCAUCAACAAGGGGCUGAAACUACUCUCAGAGAGCCAAAAAUCGUUUAGUGAAGCCCUCUAAUUCACUGUCUGCAUUUGCAACUCGCAAAUGAUAAAGCUUUAAUUUACCUUUCCAAUGUUUCAAUAAUGUUCUACUAGUUCUCUCUCUUUUGUUCAAUCUUCUGUGUGUAAGAAGUUUCUGGCUUCUGCUAUAUGAAUAAGAGGGCUCUAUUUUCCUA